UAUAAAUACCACCUCCUCAGCCCUCAGGGCAACAUAGAGAGGUGACUAACAAGGAGGACGCAUUGAAUUUCCCCGAGCAACGAGAGUAAUCCGAGACUUACAGGUGAGAAAUGGCUCGUACAAAGCAGACCGCUCGUAAAUCCACAGGAGGAAAGGCGCCUAGGAAGCAGCUGGCCACCAAAGCAGCCAGGAAAAGCGCGCCAUCUACUGGUGGAGUGAAGAAACCCCACAGAUACAGGCCCGGUACUGUUGCUCUGCGUGAGAUCCGUCGGUACCAGAAGUCCACUGAGCUGCUCAUCAGGAAGCUGCCUUUCCAGCGUCUGGUCAGGGAAAUCGCUCAAGACUUCAAGACGGAUCUGCGUUUCCAGAGUGCAGCCAUUGGUGCUCUCCAGGAAGCCAGCGAGGCCUACUUGGUCGGCCUGUUUGAGGACACCAACCUGUGCGCCAUUCACGCAAAGAGGGUCACCAUCAUGCCCAAGGACAUUCAGCUGGCCAGGCGAAUUAGAGGAGAGAGAGCAUAAAUGCUUUUGGAUUUUUAUCUUUUUAUUGGGUUGGGGGUGGGUGGGGGACUGACUGGGGUUUGUUUUGUAAAUCUUGAACUAUUUACCAGCAUGUGUGCCACCUUAUGUGAUUUGUAGUUUGAGGCAUGUUUUUGUACUUCCAUUUCACACACUUCCUUCAGCUGUCCUGUUCACUAGAGUAGUGCUUCAUAUCUGUAAAUCCUAAAGCAGAAUAUCUCACUUCCUUCCUCAGGUCUGCAAAUGUAUUUUAGGGUCUGUAUCUUUUUAAUCCUGUGUGUGCAUGUCAUAGGAUUUCUCAUUGUGCUGUAAAUAAACUUUCCGCUACCUCA